UUUCAAAAAAAUAAUAAUAAAAAAAAUAAAAAAUAUAUAAUUUUGGCCGAAUAUCACUUAUAUAAUGAGAUUCCUUACUCCUAGUUUCUCAUCGUACUCUUUACAUAGCACACCUUUUUCCCAUUCAAUGAGAUGCAUCCUUAUUCCUUCUUGAUUUCCUUUCCAUAGGAAUUCACUCUAAAAAUAGGCUUGGAAAAAACCCUAAAGGCGUUAAGAAGAGAUUUAAUUAGCUGGCGUAAUAAAUACAAAUGAUAGGGCAAUCUAUGAAGUUCGAUCACGAUUUUCUCUUUUAGAGCAAUCUAUGAGAUUUAAUUAGCCGGCGCAAUAACUACAAGUCGAUUUUACAAAUGAUCGAGGAAUCUAAGAAGAUGAAUAAGAAGAAUUGCUUAAGGAAGGAAAAAUCAUCACCAGCACCACCACGGGAUGAAGAGUAUUUUCCACGUCGAGAUGAACGUCCCAUGAAAAGAAGAUCUCCACUUUCACAAAGGGACUCGAGGACUCGCCACUCUACUCCUGAUAAGAGUGGAGAACCCAGUGAGGUUUUAUGGAUUGGGUUUCCUGCACAACUGAAAGUAGAUGAAUUCAUUUUACGAAAAGCCUUUUCCCCAUUUGGACCGAUAGAUAGGAUUACUGCGUUUCCAGGUAGAACUUAUGCCUUCGUUCGAUACAAGAAUGUGAUGGCAGCUUGCAGGGCAAAAGAAACAUUACAAGGAAAAUUAUUUGACAAUCCACGUGUACAUAUUUGUUUUGCCCGGUCAGAAUCUGGACCCUCUAACAAGGAAAGAAGCUCAAUGAAUGAUUCACCAUCCUCACAUUUGAGAUCAUAUGGGCACAUUGGUUCUUCCGAGAACCUUCGACAUGAUAGGGACUUUGGUAAUGUUCCUGGAGAUCAUGGCAUGAGGUCUCCAAGGUUUAACUCAGAUAUGGAUCCUGGUGAUUCUCGUCUUGUUAGUUUUGGCAGAAAGGGUAAUUCAUGGGCAGGUGAAGAUGGUACACUCGAUAGAAGGAGAUAUCCCGUUCUGGAUUCUGAACUGGGGCAUGGGGACAAUGCUUAUAAUCAGCGUAGUCCUCCAAGGAAAAGACUAGUAGACAUGCGUGAGUUUUCUCCUCAGCGGUUCCCUAGACAAGAUCCUUUCUAUGAUGAUUCGUGGGACUUGCCUGAGGAUCCUUUAGUCUUUCAUGAAGCUAAGAAACUGAAGACCAGCUCCUAUUUUCCUGAAAAUGAGCUUCCAGAAUAUCCUUUCAAUGAUAUGGAACCAGCAAAACACAGGGGAUACCAUGAAUAUUCCCAAGCUGAGGUCCUUGAUAAAAACUUCGAUUCUGGAUCUCUUGUUCAUAAGAGGAUGAUGAACUCCAAUAUACCUUAUCCGGAGGAGAAUGACCGGUGGAAUUCACGUUUUGACGGUUUUAAGGUGGGCCCUGGUCAAUUGGCUUCAAAUGCUGAGCAGAAAAGGUUGACUCCUGAACCACAUCCCUCAUCUAAGAGUACUGAGUGGAAAUGGGAAGGUACUAUUGCUAAGGGAGGCACUGCUGUCUGUCGGGCUCGAUGCUUUCCCGUGGGCAAACCUCUAGACAUGAUUUUACCUGUAUACUUAGACUGCACAGCAAGGACUAGUUUAGACAUGCUUGCAAAGCAUUACUAUCAAGCAGCUGGUUCUUGGGUUGUCUUCUUUGUUCCAGCUACUGAUGCUGACAUGGCAUUUUACAACGAAUUCAUGAAUUAUCUUGGUGAGAAGCAGCGAGCUGCUGUGGCGAAAUUGGAUGAUAGGACCACUAUGUUUCUUGUACCUCCUUCAGACUUCUCUGAGAAGGUUCUUAAAGUACCAGGAAAACUGAGCAUCUCUGGUGUUGUUUUAAGAUUAGAACCUCAGGCGGAGAAGAAUGAAACCAGCUUUACCGGUUUCCAGGGCAUGACAUCGUUUGCCAAGCCGAUAUCGCCUUCUGGCCCUAAUCCUGCACUUACAUCUUACUCAACUACCCAGAGACCAGGAAUCAGUAAUAUGCCUUUUCCUGGGACCGAUACUGUACCUCCACCUGCUUCAUUUUCAGGCUCUCUUCAGCCGGCUGGUAACUUUUCUGAGUCAUUUAGUGGAGACAGGCACAACUACAUGGUCAAUCAGCAGUACCCUGCCAUGGGACAGAACUGGUCUUCACAUGAUAUGCAGAAACCAAAUCCUAGUGUCAAGAAUAUCAGAAAAGAUACUACCAUCGGUCAGGGAUAUAACCCGUCCAUGCCUGGUACAGGGCAGGAAAGUUCUAGCAUCUAUAGUAGGGGUGAAGUUUCAAGUAUCCAUUCAACUGGUGAUAACAGACCUCCACCAGCUUCACCUUUUCAAUCAGACCAACUUGCAAUGUUAGCCUCAUCACUUCUUGGGCAGCAGAGGCAAUCAGGGGUUGCAUCAACAGGACAAGAUUCGAGACAACCAGGCAACGCUUACCUGCCUGACAACUCAUACAGGCCAACACAACAGAAUCUUCCAUUAUCAAACAAUCAACCUGUUGAUCAGUCAUCAUCGCAGUUUGGUCAAAUUCAGCAAUUGCUUCAGCAACAGCAGCAGCAGCCAAUGGCGAGUUUGCCGGGCCCACCUCCAAGAGAGCUUCAACAUGGCACUCACUUGAACCAACUGCAGAAUGCAGCAGACGAAGAAACAGAUCCACAGAAACGCUUGCAGGCAACUUUGCAAUUGGCAGCAGCUCUUCUUCAUCAAAUUCAACAGGGUAAACCGUGAGCAAAUAACUAUGUACCUAAGGAGGUCAAUAAUCAUUGUAUGUAUUUAGUUGUGCGUUUAUAUAUGUGAGAAGUGUCUUCAUCGUGCUGUACUUUCAAACCUGACCUAGUGCUAAGAAACUUAUUGUGGCAUUCUGUUCCUCCAGAUCUCCCAGAUUCUUGACUAUUUGAAGUAGUGCUUGUUCUUUUUAUUCAAUGGCGUUCGUCCAUAUUGUUUGA